AUGUCAGUGAUUGUGGCACAAGCGCUCCACAUUUUUGGAUUCCAGUCUCGAGUAGCAAAUAAUAUUUGUUUCUUCGAUGAACAGAUAAUAGUGUAUCCUGCGGGUAAUAGCUGUGUGAAGUAUCACAUAGAGCAGAAAUGGCAGAAAUUCAUCCCAGGCUCAGAAAAGAGCCAAGGGAUGCUUGCACUGGCAAUUAGUCCAAAUCGACGCUAUCUGGCCAUUUCAGAGGUACUGCAAGAUAGACCUACAAUUACAAUUUAUGAACUGUCAUCUGUUCCAUGCAAGAAGCGGAAGAUCCUGAAUACUUUCGAUUUCCCUGUCCAAGAAUUUAUCAGUCUGGCUUUUUCCCCCGAUUCCAAGUAUUUAGUGGCACAGUCAGGACCUCCUGAAUCAAAUCUUGCUUAUUGGAUGUGGGAAAAGCAAAGAACAAUGGCAAUUGUUAAAGUUGAUACUCAGAAUAAUCCUCCCUAUCAGGUGAGCUUUAAUCCCCAGGAUAACACUCAGGUCUGUGUUACAGGAAAUGGGAUUUUCAAACUUUUCAGAUACACAGAAGGAACCUUAAAACAGACCAACUUCUUACGGGGAGAGCCUCAAAACUAUCUGUCCCAUGCUUGGCUCUCAGAAGAAAAGGUGAUUGUGGGCACUGACACAGGCAAACUUUACUUAUUUGACUCUGGUGAUCUACGCUGGGAGACAACUAUUGAGCACAAAGAAACAGUCUCUGAAGUAGCAAGGGAAGAACAAGUGCAAGAAUCAGAGAGCCUGGUUGAGUUUCCUGUUACCAGUUCCCCUGCAUUCUCUAGUGAGGCAGUCUGUGUUACUGAAACACAGCAGCAAAUGUCUCUACCCCAAAUCUCUGCUAUUGCUGCAUAUUCAAAAGGAUUUGCUUGCUCAGCUGGUCCAGGGCUUGUUCUACUAUUUGAGAAGUCAGAGGAAAAAGAAGGUUAUAGAGAAUGCAGACAAAUACGGAUUCCACAAGACCAGUGCAGCAGUGAUCCAAACCAGUCAGACAAACAGGAAAUUGUAUGUAUUGCCUUCAGCCCUACUGAGGAGACACUGCUAAUUAGCACAAAUAAAAAUCAGCUCUAUUUCCUCUCUAUGUCAUCAGCUGAGAUUACCAAGGGGGAGGCAGCUCACUUUGAAUACCUGAAUUAUCCAAUACAUUCUUCUUCUGUUACUGGCUUGGAUACCUGCAUUCGUAAGCCCCUUGUUGCUACCUGUUCACUGGACAAAUCUGUCCGCAUCUGGAACUACGAAACCAACACACUGGACCUCUAUAAGGAGUACCAAGAAGAGGCAUAUGCACUUUCCCUUCACCCUAGUGGCUUGUAUGUUUUGGUUGGUUUUGCUGACAAACUCCGACUUAUGAAUGUUCUUAUUGAUGACAUCCGUGCUUUCAAAGACUUCACUGUACGAGGAUGCAGAGAGUGUGCAUUUAGUACAGGUGGUCAUCUGUUUGCAGCAGUAAAUGGAAAUGUGAUUCACAUUUACUCCACCACAAGUUUUGACAAUGUCAUUAAUCUGAAAGGACACAAUGGGAAGGUGCGCUCAAUGGUGUGGAGCAUGGAUGACUAUAAACUGGUUUCCUGUGGCACAGAUGGAGCAGUAUAUGAAUGGAACCUCCAGAAUGGCAAGAGAGAAUCCGAGUGUGUACUCAAAUCCUGUAGCUACAGUGGAGUGGCAAUAUCACCUGAUGCAAAAGUUGUCUUUGCUGUUGGAUCCGAUCAUAGUAUCAAGGAGAUAUGUGAUUCUUCGAUACUACGAGAAGUGCCUACUUUUGAUGUUGCCUACACCUGUAUAGUAGUAGCUCGCUCUGGGCGCAUGGUUUUCACUGGAACCUCCACAGGGACCAUCCGAGCUAUGAAAUACCCACUGCCUGUACACAAGGAAUUCAAUGAGUAUCAAGCCCAUGCUGGACCAGUCACCAAGAUGUCUAUAACUGCGGAUGACCAGUUCCUGCUAACGUCCGCAGAGGAUGGUUGUAUAAUUAUCUGGAAAGUGUAUGAUAAAGAGGGACGAGGGCUGAAAAGGGAGAGAGAGGUGCCUUAUUCUGAUGAAGUGUUGAUCACUAGAACAGACAUGGAAGAAAAGACUCAGAUCAUGAUAGAGCUUAAAACACGUGUAGAGGAGCUGAAGAUGGAAAAUGAGUACCAACUACGUCUUAAAGACAUGAAUUAUAAUGAAAAGAUUAAGGAAUUAACUGAGAAAUUUAUCCAGGAAAUGGAAUCACUGAAAACAAAAAACCAGGUUUUGAAAACUCAGAAGGAAAAACAGGAACUGCAGCACCAGGAACAAGUUUCAGACCUAAUAGAGAAGCAGUCAAGAGAAGUGCAAGACCUAGAAUCUGGCAACAAUCAGAAGCUUCUGCUGGAGUAUGAGAAAUACCAGGAGCUGCAAAUGAAAUCCCAACGCAUGCAGGAGGAGUAUGAGAAGCAGAUUCAUGAAAUGGAAGAGAAUAAAAGCCAGGCACUGGAGGAGCUGACAGAAUAUUAUGAGGCAAAGCUGCUUGAGAAGAGCACUAUGCUGGAAGAGGCUCAGGAUGAUUUAAGACAGCAACUUCGUGAGUCUGAAGAAACUAAGAAACAAAUUGAAGAAGAUGAAGAUAGAGAAAUACAAGACAUCAAAAUCAAGUAUGAGAGGCGGCUUCGGGAGGAAAGAGAAUCCAAUUUACGGCUAAAGGGGGAGACAGGAAUUAUGAGAAAGAAGUUCAAUAGUCUCCAGAAAGAGAUUGAAGAGCGCUGUAGUGAUAUAGAAGCAAUGAAAUUGGAGCAGCAAAAGUUGCAAGGAGUCAUUAAGGCCUUAGAAAAAGACAUUCAAGGACUGAAGAGAGAGAUUCAAGAAAGAGAUGAGACUAUUCAAGACAAGGAAAAGCGGAUUUAUGACCUGAAGAAAAAAAACCAGGAGCUGGAAAAAUUCAAAUUUGUACUUGAUUAUAAAAUAAAGGAAUUGAAGAAGCAAAUAGAACCACGUGAGAAUGAAAUUAAAGCCAUGAAGGAACAGAUCCAGGAUAUGGAAGGAGAGCUGGAACAUUUUCACAAGCAGAACACACAACUGGAACUAAACAUAGCAGAACUGCGGCUAAAGCUGAGAGCCACAGACCAUGAGAUGCACAAAGAGAUGCAAAAGGAGCGGGACAUGGAAGCACUUAUCAAGCGCUUUAAAACAGACCUUCAUAAUUGUGUGGGCCUUAUCCAGGAGCCUAAGAAACUGAAGGAAAGCAUCAGGGAAAUCUAUGAAAAGUAUGUGCAGAAGGCAGAUAUGGUGGAGAUUGUUGGGGUCAACACAGACUUGCACCUAGAGUAUACACGGCAACGAGAACACCUUGAGCGCAACCUAGCAACACUGAAGAAGAAGCUGAUAAAAGAAGGCGAGAUCCAUCGUGCAGACUAUGUGCGCAUCAUGCAGGAAAAUGUGAGCCUAAUUAAGGAAAUAAAUGAGUUGCGGAGAGAACUGAAGGUCACUCGUACGCAAGUCCAUGAGCUCCAGUCAACUUUGGGAAUCCUUAGGAAACAAAAGAAGCAACCAGCACACUCCACAGCUCCUUCCCCUGAUCAUCAGCAUAGUCCAGGCGUCCUCCGGUUAAAUCCAGAGGAGGAAACUGAAAGGAUCAUUGAAAUGCAGCGACUGGAAAUCAAGCAUCUUCGUGACCAAAUACAAGGACAAGAAGAAGCCCUCGCACUCCGGCCUGUGUCAGCUGGGAAACUUCCCAUGCUGGACUUGGACAGAAGCACUCGUGUACCAUCACACUGAUCUGUGCAGAAAGAUCCCCACAGUACCACUCUGCUAAUUUUCUCUGCAUCUCUGAUCAGAA